UGAUCAUGUGACGUGCUGAUAAUAGCUUGCUGUAUUCAAUAUGGCGGCGCUGAAGUGCGAGUCGAAGGAUGUCCUCAGUACGGAUUUGUCAAAAUCGCCGAUAUUCUCGGAUCACACCGUUGAGACAAUAAAAGAACAUGAGACUUCCGGAAUACCGCUUCAAACCGCCUGGACAUUCUGGCUGGACAAAGCUAUUUCAGGAACCACGGCAGAAGAAUACAAGGCAAAUUUGAAAAAAAUUUAUACUAUCAACACUGUGCAAAGUUUUUGGGCGGUCUUCAACCACAUACCAAAUGCUGGGGAUAUUCAGGUAAGGUACAGCUAUCAUUUGAUGAGGGAUGAGAGAUACCCGCUAUGGGAAGAACCCGUGAACCAGCACGGUGGAACAUGGAGACUCAAAUGUCACAAGUACGAUACGGCUGAAGUAUGGAAGGAAAUCGUUUUGGCAGCAAUUGGAGAACAGUUUUCUGACAGUGUGGCUGAGGGUGACGAAAUCUGCGGUGUCACAGUCUCAAUCAGGGACAGAGAUGAUCUUAUACAGAUAUGGAACGCGAACGCCACUCUGGCGCCUGCUGCCACUGUGUUGAAAAAAGUUCAUCAACUAUUGCCGGAAGUCAAGUUCCCUACCGAAUUCUACAAACCCCAUCAAUCCAAUCACGCUUACGGCCGUCGUUGAAAAGCAAUUUACAAAUACGUCAAAGUCGAAGUGGCGAUGCAUGAAAAAUUGAUAAUCAGUACGUAAAAUUUGCAGUUAGUGCUGCAAUAUUAGUAAUAUUAAACAAUUUUUUGAAUUUUUUUUCUACACGACGACGAAUGUGGCCAAAGAAUUUGACAGGCAACAACUGAUCUGAAAAUAUAAAGAUAAGCUGUGAUUAUCGUGGAAUAAUGAAGAGGAGGAAAGGAAAAAAAAAAACUGUCGUUUUUAUUUUGAUGAAGCAAAUUUUAAAGCUUUUUAUAUAAUCCGUUGGAAUUAAUGAAUGAUAUUUUAAUAUUUUAUUGCAACUUUGUGAUAUCGAAUUUGAUUGUUUCUUUACAUAUUAUACAAUUAUUGGUGUAUUUUGAAAUGUUGAAUAUAUAUAUUUUUUUAUACUCAA